GAGUGAGAUAGCGUUGACCACCUGAUUCAGAUAAACUAGGAACUAAGACUGCAUCUUUUGACACAUGAAAAUAUCCUAAUUUACGAUGCCAUAACUUGACUUCGAAGUAUUCAUGGCCUGUUAUUUUUAGAGCAGCUAGACAAUGUCAUUUUUCGACAGAGAAGAGGGAUACAGGCAUACAGCAAGGCAAGUUUUGAUAACCUGAAUGGAAGGAUCGCUCUAACGGACAGGAAUUGUUUCGAAGUAUAGCGGGCUGGAUAAACAGCAAAUAAAUAGACCCAAAUUCAAACUCCACCCACUCUUAAUUUCUCGCCAACAUUAACACUGCCGCUGUCUUCCUCUGUUGCCUCCUCUUCAUCUCUUUCUGCCGCCAAGUCCCUCCUUCUGCGUAAUCAUUUCAGGUAGAGUAUUUUCUUAUCUGUUUUGAAGAAUAGGAGAAAAUGAAGGGCUAUAUGGAGGAUAGUAGAGUGUUGCUAUCUUAAUUGAAGCAGCAAGAUAAUGACCUAAGGCUCAAAAGGAGGUAACUUUUUAUUUUUAUCUUCAGACCUUAACUUAACUCUUAGUUUAAAAUGUAAUACAAUGCUGCGGUCAAUUUUUUUUUUUUUUUUGGGGGAUGCCGAUGGUGUCUGGGCCAAGCUUGCACGCACCUCGACUAUCUCAUCGGGUACCUGCUACCUCCCACUAGUACUGGUGUCAGGACUUUACCUGAAUCAUUGAUUAGAGAAGAUGAUGCAAGUGUUCUUUUUAAUGCUUGCUGAUGUAAUGGCAUGCUGCUAUUCGAGUUAUAUUAUGAGAAUAUUAGAACUUCUGUUGCAAAGGCAUUUGGAGUGCAUAAGGAUGAACGGACAUGCCCUGACGCUCCAGCCAUAUUGCUCUUUAAUUCAGCUGAGAAUUUGAGUAUAUAUUCCCUGCUUGAUAAGAUGAACAACAACGGGUUAUGCUGUAUUGCGGAGACAGUAACUGGCGAUUCAAUUACUUUUGAGAAAACGAAUUGUCAAAUGAGAAGGAUAAUAAAGCAAUGUCUUCCCAAAAUUCUCCAUAACCGCGAUGAUUCCAGUCAAAGUCGGAUUAAAAGAAUUUCUCAACUCCUCAGUGAUCCUCAAAACUUCCAUGUUAACCAUGGGGUUCUUUGUUCUACCACCGAAUCCUUUCGCAGUGCUGCUAUUUAUAUACUGGAUAGACUUGAGGAGCUGUCUCUUCUAACUUUGAGUAAAAUGCAUAGAAAUCUCAGGGAUGUCACUGGAGACAUCCCUAAGAUGCAGUCUAAACGAAUAGGGUGGAAUAUUGAAAAUUUAGUUAAUCAAAUCAGGAGAACUUCUUUGGAAAUACUAUCAGGCUAUGAAGAAGGGGAUGAGCCACCAGAACCCCUGGCCAAGGCUUUGUCCGUAGCAACAUUAAUGUUAAAGCCAAAACCUGAUUGUCCCUCUCAGAUGGUGUUCCAAAAACUUUCACCAGAUAUAGAAGCAUUGCAGAAUGAUAUAGCAAAAGCAAUCAGAAUACUAGAUGAUAAAAAAAAAAUUAAGUUUUGCGGAGCUGGGAAAUUUGCCGUUGUACUGGAUUCGAAUGCUAAAGCUGCCAAAGAAAGUGUUCGUUUGCGUGUGAAAGUGAGGAAACUGUUGACUGAGUAUCUUCUUGAAUGCGGCGACAUGCAGUCUAUACCUGAAAGUUUACUAGAAAGUCUUGCUAUUAUUCACAAAACAUCUAGGCAUGCAUCUAAGAAAACCUACUCAAAGAAGGAGGUUGAAGAAGAAGUAGAAUAUGUGCUGAAUAUUAGUGCUCAGAUAAAACAAAUUGUUUGGGAUUUACUCGCUGAAAGUGAUGUCAGUGAAGACUUUGCUAAUGCAUACAUGGAGAACAUAGCGGAAACUUAUUGUGAAGCUGGUGAUGAAGAUGAGCAUCUUUCUGAUCAUCCUCGAAAUUGUAGGUCUGAUUCUAAUAUCUCAUACAGCCAAUUAGAAAGUGUCGGUGAGAUAAACCAAAGUGACGCCAAGUCACCAAUCACUGCUAGUCGAGAUGAUGCUUUAUCCUCUCUGCUUUCACCCAAACACAAAUUGAACGUCAAACUUGAGUCGAUGUAUACCGAUGAAGUAUAUUCAGUUCAUUCCAAUUGGUUUGACAAUUCCUCGUCAUUCUUAGAAUCAAAAAGUUUUGAAGGUGCUAAGAGUAUGAGUGGAAAAGAUUACCAUUUAAGAAGCAUGGGCCAACACGGAGGAAGGGAUUCAUGCCCAUCUAUGUCCACCAGAGAUCAAAAUAAAUUUUCUACACCUUUCUCGCCUAAUAAAGAAUCAGACAGGAAUCAUAUGGAGCAAAAAGAAGCUGCAUGGCAUUUAGGAUGCAGGCCACAAAGAUAUACAUCGGAAGAGUGUUCAGAAGAAAAAAAUGUAUCGCCUCGCAGGAAAAACUUGAGUAGAAAUCAGUAUCUUCUUAUUCAGGAAGCUUCUGAUGAUACUAGUAUGGUUGCUUACAGUCUUGUCAGCUGUAUGUUGAAUAAGUUUGCUCAGUUGGAUGGGUUACAGUUAUCUGAUGAUGAUGUAUCAUAUCUCCAAGGCAAUACUUCAGAUCCCAACAAUUUUGAAGUUCUCAAGGACAGGGGAAGCUCCUGUGAUGAGACCACUAACUCCUUAAUGCUACAUGUUCUUGAAGAGAUAAUUCCUUCAUUUCCGGACAGCGGUAAAGAGCAUCUGAAGGAGUUGUUGGGCGUGAGGUAGCUUCUGAAGCCUCGAGGCAUUGAUGGGAGCAUAGCCCAAGGUUCAAUUAUAUAGAAGCUUACAUAGAUUUGGUUGGUGACGGUAUCUAGCAAGGACCGUGAUUUAUGCAUUGUUGGAAAGAGACUCAUUUCAUAUGUGGAAGAUGCGCUUACACGUAAGUGUAGGUUUGAAACUUCUUAAUCGAUUGAAGUCAUGUUUAUGUUAGUUAUAUUACAACAUCUUUUUGCUCUGUUUUGGUCAAAGUUUUUUGAAAGUAGAAAGAUUGUCAGGGCUUCACCAAUUGUGCACUUGAAUAGACACAUUACGACACUAGCUGGAAAUCCAGUCUGAUGAACAUGGUGUUGAUGUUGCUUACGCAAUGAAGGCAGAAUUUUGGCCACAAGAGCAGAAAGUUUAUCCUUUUCUUGGCCUAGAUAUGUAUGUAUAGGAAUUUGUUUGUUCUUGUUAUUUAUUCAUUUAUCUUUUUGGUUAAUAUUUGUAUUGGACAAGCCAGAAAAUAAAAUUUCUGGUAGUAGCUAUGA